AUUAUAUAUAUAUAUACAGUUCUUUGAUUCCAAGUCCUUGAUCUAACAUUUGGUUAACCUGCCUAUUUUUUCAUAUCGUUCUUGAGAAUUUUGGAAUUUUGAUUGGUUUGAUGCAUUGAUUUGAUAAAAACUUAUAUAUUCAAGAUGCAAAAUAUACUUGUACUUACUUAGUCGAACUCGAAGUGUUUAAUCCUGACCCCUAUAUAUGUCAUUCUCCUCGUCAAACCUUACUCAAUUGUGUCGAUAAUGAAUCACGCAGAGUUUGCGUUGAACCAUAACCAUGGGCGUAGUCAGGAUUUCGUAAAUUGUUGGAGUUCUACAUGGCCCCCAGAACUGAGUAAGGGCCUCUCUGAAAUUCAUACCUCAGCUAAUUUGGUUUUACUUUUCAUUGUGGGGGAAGCUGUUCGAUCUGCUCCCCCUCAACCCACGCCCAUGGACUUCUGUGAGAUUCAUACCUCAGCCAUAUAUAUAUAUAUAUAUGUGUGGGGCUGCUAGAAUGGUUUUUUCUGCAACGAUAUUUAGUUGAGUCCAUAAGCGCAGCAAGUACAGACAUGCAACGUAUAUCAACCUUCCGAGCGAAAGCCAAGUUUCAGGUCAUGAUGCUGGGCAAUGCGGCCGUGGGAAAAUCUUCCCUACUCCAGCGCUUUAUAACAGAUAGCCAGCCGACAAUAUCGGAGCCGGUGGCAACCGUUGGCGCGGAAUUCAAGGUGAAGAGAGUUUGCCUAGUUAAUGGCGUCGUCAGGCUGAAAAUCUGGGAUACUUCCGGUCAGGAACGAUUUAAGAACCUGCUACGCACGUAUUAUGAUCAUUGUAAUGGAGCUGUCAUUGUAUACGAUAUUCAGAAUCGCGAGAGCUAUGACCAGGCUCAGGAAUGGGUGACAGAGCUCAGAGAAAGAAUAUCGCGAGAGCUGGUGAUUGUUUUAGCUGGCAAUAAAUCGGAUAUGGACACAAGACGCGCGGUCACAAAGUUCGAGGCCGAAGAAUAUGCUACGCACCAUAAUUUGAUAUUCCUGGAAACAUCUUCCGUGAACGGCAUGAAUGUCAACAACUGUUUCACAGAAAUGGCUAAGGCGCUAUAUGCACAGCAUAUUCAGGGUCAACAAAAAGAAAAAAGCUCAAAUUUAAUGGAAAUCGAACAUGAAGAAAUCCAAUCCAGUUUUUUCAAUUGCUUUAAAUCGCAUAGCAAUGCUUGAAAGUCAAGUGAAACGGAAACAGUCGCGAAAUAAGUCGUUUUGCAUUUCAAUCGAAAUUCGAAUUUUGGGGUUCCCCCACAGUGUCAAAUUACAACAUGUUAAGUUGGCUGCGCCUGAGCCAGAAAAACUUACAAAUGGAGCAUAUGGUUUUUAUUAACUCAUUCUAUUUUUUAUUUGGAAAUUAUAACGCGAAAUAAUUAGUACACACUAAA